AAUCGUCCCUUAGCUAACAACACCGCUCAAGUCGAAAAUUGGCGGUUUUUACAUUUUAAUGCCAUUGGAUGAAGCUGCGCAUUGCGCGUCGAACCAUUGGUCUCAUGAAAUAGAUUUCGGCCAAUCAGAAGCCGUAAUUCAAAAAAUAGUGACAGCGCUCAAGUCGGUUGGCGUCGCAACACCGCACAAGUCGUUAGUCUGUCAUAAUUUUCGCGGAAAAUACUUCGCGCUCUGUGUUUUUUCUAUUUUUAAGUGAAUUUUAUCGCUGGAACGUUCUUGCAAGUAGUUUUAAUAGAAGAUUAAGAGGUAAGCUAUAGAAUAAAGUAAUGUUUAUUGAUGUACGCGUAUUAAUUUAGAAAUAAAUGAUCAAAUAAUAUCCUUACUUACUUAGGCGGUGUUUACUAACAAUUUUUUCUUAACUUAGGCGGUGUUUCAAAAUUUGUUAUUUUUUACCUGACUGCCAAAGAGGAGGGUAAUGUGUUUAGGAUUCCACAAAUAUGGGUAUCAAAUGAAAGCUUGUGAUGUGUGUUACACAAAAUUGAAAGUUUUAUCAAAAUCGGUUCAGUAGUUUUUAGAUUCUUGGUCGGGGGUUUUACGACUUUCUGUCGACUCAGUUAAUAAUAAUAUAAGCUUGUUAUGAAAUCCUAUGAUUGAAAUGGUGUUUCAAAUUUGUUAUUUUUUUAGGAAACUCAAUAAUUGAAAGGCGCUAUGGAUGGAGAAGAAAUUGAUUCCUGGAGUGAUCUGGGUUCAGGUGAUGAAUGGUUAUGUGCCCAACUACAAAAAUCAGGACUGAUGUCAAAACAUAAACGGCGUAAACAAAGUUGCAAAGAAGAUAAUAAAAUAAUUAAACUAGAUGUGAAUCAAAAAGAUCCUCCUAAAAAUGAAACUAUUGCAACACCAAUAAAUGAUCAAAACUUCGGGGAGUCCAUAAAAGGUAUUAUAAGUAGCCAGGAUAAUGUAAACGCAAUAUUUGACCAGAACAUAGACUUGGAUAAUAUUGAAAACAUUGACAUUCACAAUCUACAAGUUGUAGAAAAAGUUGGUAAUGACUUCUUUGAUCUGCAACAUAUACCACCCGAAUUUGCUACAGUGACCAUCGAGUAUCCUCAGCCUUCUGCAUUGAAUGUAGCCAAUAUUUCGGUAGAAAGUGAGAACGUUGUACAAGAACUAGGAAAUAUUCAUAUCGAAGCUUUACCUACGAAUACUCAAGACCCAGUUUCGGAUAUAGUAAUUAACACAGAUACAGAUAUAAUAGAUGAAAAUAAAACAACCCAAACCAAUAUACAGCAAUCCAGUGUCUCUGCUACUCCAUCAUGUUCUUCAAAAGUGGUCAUACUCAGCAAUAUUCCUUAUCACGGGGAUUUGUUAAGUAAUAAAAAAAGACAGAACAAGGCGUCAAAAGAUCCAAAUAAAUAUAAACGCAAUAUAAAUAAAGAAUUACGGAUGAAAGGUGAAAGUUAUUUAGGAUACAGAAGAGACAGAAAAGCAAAGACUAAUGAAAAAUUUAAAGUGAAACAAGACGUAUUUAAGCCUGCAAGAUCCAUGAAACCACCCUGCACUUCUGCGUUUUGCAAGAAAUCCAAACUCAGGUCAUGUGACAACAUAAACGAGGAACAGCGAAAAUAUUUGUUUGACAAUUUCUGGAAGAACAUGAACUGGGAGCAGCGAAGAUCAUUUAUAACUUCUCACGUUAACAAAGUAUCAAAGAAAGUUACAAAAAAUCCAGAAUCAUCCAAAAGAACUGAUAGUCGAACUUACGUUUUGACGAUUGAUAAUGUACGUCACCAAGUCUGCAAAAAAAUGUUCUUGGCCACUCUUGGAAUUAAAGAUUGGUUUAUAAGAUAUUGGUUGACAAAAACCGAUUGUGCUAUGCCUCCCGAUGUGUCUUCUUCAACCAGUAAUCGCAGAAAUCCAGAGAAAAUUGAAGACCACAAACAUGUUGAAAAGUUUUUAGGAGAUCUUCCAAAGAUGCCGUCACAUUACUGUCGUGCUAAAACAUCACGAGAAUAUUUAGAACCAAUUUUCUCGAACAUGACACAGCUCUAUCACGCAUAUAAAGAUAAUUGUGAAUUAGAGGGUAGAGAAUGCCUUGGGCGUAAAUUAUUUGACAAAUUAUUUUUGAAACUCAAUUUGAGCCUAUUCCACCCAAAGAAGGAUCAAUGCGACGUUUGUUGCAGUCAUAAAACUGGAAACAUUACUGAUGAAGAAUACGCUCAACAUGUUCUGAAGAAAGAUCGAGCCAGGAAAGAAAAAGAUACUGACAAAGGAAUUGCACAGUCCGGAGCUUGUCACGUAUUCACACAGGAUGUUGAAUCGGUAAAAUUGGCCCCGUAUCUUCAAGCUAGUGCAAUUUAUUAUAAAACUAAAUUAUGCGUCCAUAAUUUUACAUUAUACAAUAUAGCAACUAAGGAAGUAAUGUGUUAUUGGUUCGAUGAGUCAAAUAGUACGCUUGAAGCCUCUGUUUUUGCUUCAUGCUUAGUAGACCAUCUAGAGAAGGUUUUGAGUCUGAAAUUAUUGCCUGUGGUUUUAUAUUCCGAUGGUUGUUGUGCUCAAAAUCGCAAUGUUACCUUAAGCAAUGCUUUAUUACGUUUAGCGAUUGAAAAAAAUAUUGUGAUUACUCAAAAGUACCUGGAAAAAGGCCAUACUCACAUGGAAUGUGAUUCGGUACAUAGUGCCAUAGAGUGUAAAUUAAAAGGUAAAGAAAUUUACCUUCCACAACAAUACAUGGCUAUAAGUAAAACUGCUAGGAGUGAUCCUAUGCCUUACCAAGCUUGUUAUUUAGAUUAUACCUUUUUCACAGACUUUUCGAAAGAAUUGAUUUAUAAAUCUAUAAGGCCUGGUAAAAAAGUAGGUGACCCUGUCGUCACAGAUUUACGUAUGCUAGAAUACAGACCAAAUGGCACAAUUUGGUAUAAAGUUAGUUUUGAUGACGAGCUUCACCCGUUACCACAUCGUCCCACGGCAAUUAACAGCAUUAAACAAAUAAAUAGCUUGCAAAAAUUGUACGCAGCUAGAAUACCAAUUACAAAGCGGAAGUAUCAAGAUUUGCAAGACCUAAAAAGUGUAUUGCCAUCUAGUUGCCAUUCUUUUUAUGAUGACCUUCCGCACAGCAAUCACUAAAGACUGCAACUAAACUAAAGACUAGAGAUUUUGAGUUUUCUUUAUUAUUUUAUUAAUAGAUACUAUUAUAUAUUAUUUCUUUGGAGUUUAUUAAAGACUAAGUAAACUAAGAUUAGUAUUUGAAACAUUUACCUAUUAAAAGAUAAAAAUAUUAGGUACUUCAUUUAAGUUCUAACUAGAGGUUUGUGUAUUACCAAAUUACUUUAAGCAAUUGAUCUCAACAUGUGAUUCUUAAGAUUUAAGUAAAGAUACCUAUCUAUGUUAUAAAGAAUGUUAAUUUUCUUUUCUUAAUAAAAGCUUUUAUUUGCAAAUCAUCUUUUAAUACCUUCUUAAUCCCUAACAUUUUCACAAACAACACCGCCUAAAUCUAAUAAAAUAUCAGUCAACACCGCUCAAGUCAUAAAAUAAAAGUUAAAAUAAAGUAAAUCGUCAAAAUAAGUAUAAAUAAUUAUUUCUUAAUCGUUAACUAGGAUGUAUUAUGAAGCAAUAGAAAAAAAACACAGAUUUUUUAAAAUAGACAGUUUUUUUCGUCUCCUGUAAAGUUGGCAAAAACGACUUAAGCGGUGUUGUAAGCUAA